AGUUUUUGUAAGAGUUAUUUAAGGAUGAUGGGAAAAAAAUAUUAUUGUGACAAGUUGGCACUUUGUGACUUUCGAAGUUCCUAAAUUUUCAAAGUUUUAGUUGGAUUUUGAAAAAGUGGUUUGAUAAGCAAUAAUUAUGUGAACUAGAGCUGUGAUGGCAGAAGGAAGAGAGAGGAAUUCCAACCUUCGAAUCCGCCGAAAAAUGGUACCCAAUACCCCAGACCUACUUACCCAGACACCUCAAAAUGACCAUGUCCCAAGUGUCUCACAACACAAGGCAAAGUCAAAUAAUGCAGUUGAGCUUCAUAGUAUUCACCCACAUCAAAACGGCCAUUAUGGCAGAGAAGAGAGAGAUGUUUACCCUGGAUCUGAAGAGGAGGAGACAGUGUUUGAACAGACAAGUUUAACUCAGCCUUUGUUGUCAGAAGAGUUGCCUAGUGAUGGCGAAACAAGGGUGAAAGAAUCUCAAGUGAAGUUAAAAGAGAAAGAUGAGAGUUCAUUUAUGAUUGCGUUGCAAGUCUUCAUUCCGUAUAUUAUAGCAGGAUUUGGUACUGUCGGUGCUGGAAUGGUUUUGGAUGUUGUUCAGCACACAGAUGUUUUCAUACAAGUGUCUGAGAUUUUUAUUCUUGUUCCUUCCUUACUUGGGUUGAAAGGAAAUCUAGAGAUGACUUUAGCCUCCAGACUCUCAACACAGGCUAAUUUAGGGAAUAUGGAUAAAAAAUCAGAGCAGUGGAAGAUGAUUGGUGGAAAUAUGGCUCUUGUACAGUGCCAAGCAAUAGUAGUUGGAUUUUUGGCAUCAGUGGUUGCCAUGAUAAUGGGCUGGAUUCCAGAAGGGAAGUUUAAUGUCCACCAUGGUCUUCUGUUGUGUGCCAGCAGCAUGCUAACAGCAGCUGUAGCCAGUUUCGUUUUAGGUGCUUUAAUGGUGCUCGUAAUUUUGGUGUCAAGGAAAAUCAAAAUAAACCCAGACAACAUCGCUACUCCCAUUGCUGCCAGCCUGGGAGACUUGACCACACUGUCUCUUCUUUCAGGGGUUUCCAUGCUUCUGUUUAAAGCUAUAGGUACACAGGUGUGGUUGGCACCAACCAUUAUUGGAAUAUUUCUGGUGCUCACGCCUCUAUGGGUGUACAUAUCUGUCAAAAACCACUACACAAAUGAUGUCAUCUACUCGGGGUGGACGCCGGUACUCAGUGCGAUGGUUAUCAGCAGUAUUGGAGGUCUAAUUCUCGAUUAUACAGUAGCUAAUUAUCAUGGGAUAGCUGUAUUUCAACCUGUGAUUAAUGGUGUAGGGGGUAAUCUUGUAGCCGUUCAAGCCAGCAGAAUAACUACCUCACUGCACAUGACAGGAAGUAAACCUGGCAAACUGCCCUCUGGUGCUCUCAAUGGCUGUCCUAAUCCUGGAGGAGCUUUCUGUGGGACUACCUUGAACUCCAGAGCUGCGAGAGUACUGAUUGCUCUAGUCAUACCUGGUCAUUUAAUAUUUAUGUACACUAUCUCCUACAUGAAGGCAGGGCACACGAGUAUCACCUGGACCUUUGCUCUCUUCUACCUCACAGCGGCCCUUCUCCAGGUGAUUAUCCUGUUAUACGUGUGUCACUGGAUGAUCCACUUCAUUUGGAAGCUUGGAGACGAUCCUGACAAUGUAGCGAUUCCCUACCUAACCGCCAUCGGAGAUCUCCUCGGCACCGGCUUCCUGGCCAUCUCUUUCCAUCUCUUGUAUCUUGUGGGAGACAAGGACGCUGAUGUUGGAGAUUAAAAGUGCAGUGAGAACUCUUAUACUGAGUUUAUGAUCGAUAACUUGCUCAAUCCAAAGUUGUUAACUGAUGAAUUAUAAUAGGCGACUCGAAGAAUUUUUUACCAAUGCAAUAAUAUUAUUGAUACAUGUACAUGGUGUAAAUAAAGAUAAGAUGUAAAAAUCAAUGCUUUGAAAUAUGUCAAAUUAUAUUUCAGUUUUAGAGUUGACUUAGUCUUCCUUUUGGCCAUGACAAACAUGUUUUUUAUGAAAUACGACAUUUUUAUGUACUUUUAUCUCUGGUAGCUUUAUUGAGAAAAUACAGGUAGAUACAGCUUAGAUUGUGUAAAGCAAAACUCGAUACGAAAUACUCUGAAAUAAUCUAGUCAUUGUAUUGAUCCAGUUUCUGUGGGUUGAAAAAAUUAAAAGGACAAGAAAAAAACCCAUUCACUUUCAGAUGAUAUUAAAAACAUCCCUCUAGUCCAAUCAUAGUUAGAUGUGAAUUUUUAAAAUUUUCAAAUUGGCUUUUGAGAUAAUUUAUGUCUAUGUACAUGUAGCUUGUGUUGGGGCAGCUAAGUUCGGUUAUAACACAUGUGUGUGUAGGGCAGGUUUAUGUUCCAGUUGAAACAAAAUGUCUUGUGUUUUAUUAGGACACUAAAAUAUAGUGUAUAUUCAAGUAGACAUGUGUUUUCUAAAAUUAAAAAAAAUAAUAAUCUGGAGAUUUGUAUAACAUAUCAUGUAGAGAACUUUGUUUUUGGAUCAGGGUAACUGUUUAGUAAUUAUCAUUGUCACGUAAUUUGUACGUUGUCCUAUUUAAAGAAUUGUAAGAUGUAUUACAUGUUUAAGUGUUCUACACACACCCACUGGAUCAAUUCUACAAAAAUUUGCUUCUAUUGCUUGGGUAAGAAUUAUAGUUGAACAGCGCACAGUAUUCUCAAUCUUUAUAAUGGAUAGAGACAGUAUUUCAGUCAUUUAAUUGAUGUAUUGUGAGAUCUGGAGAUGAAAGAUAAUUCGUAUGUUAAUUUAUUAUCUGUUUUGUACAUACUGUGACUUCAUACAGUGCAUACACAAUGGCUUAUCAGAACUUAGCACGCAAAGCUGAAUUAUUUUUCAGUUGCAUGGGUUAUGUUUCCUGUAAUCUACAAAGGUAAUUUAGAGAAAUUGUCAAUUGUUUGCCUAAUUUAAAAUAGAGAGUCACCAACUAGUAUAUAUUAUACCAUAUAAGCAGAAUUUUUAGCGAGGAUUUAAUUUUAGCAUUAUUAGUGACAGUGUUGAGAUUGCUAAAAUUGAAUAUGGCUAAUAUUUAUUUCAUAUCAGAGGUAAUAGCUAUCUUUCUUGGAAUUCCUAAGUCACUAAAAUUUUGCUAGAUUUAUAUAUCCAUAAUUUAUGAAAAAAUCACUAAAUUUGUGUCUCGCUAAAAAUACCACAUAUACGGUAUAAGGUUUAAGGUUAAUGCGAGCGUUGCUGACGUUUUGCUGUAGACUUUCUAAUGAGAAUUAUCAUACAUUGUAAUUUAGGAAUAUGAUUGUACGAAUGGUAUGUAUUUAAAAAUAAGUAUUCUGUGAUACUGUGAUGCAAUGUUUAAGAGAGGUUGUAUGAUAUCAAAUUGAAUAUUAGAGUAUUGUUGUUUUGAAAUAUCAGUUGUAAACUGGUUAUGAAAUGCAUGCAUGUACAUAUCUAGGGCAACAAAUAUUUGAUACUAACUGUAAGCUGAGUGCCUUUGAAAUUAUAAAGUCAUUGGUUACAGCUGUUGCUUUUUACUAUAGAAACAUAACCAAGAGGGAUGGGGAUAGUUGAUUGCUUUAUACUACAUGUAUAUCGUUAACCCAGAUAAUGGGUACAUAUCGAUUUAAAUUUUAUUUAUUCCAGAAAUUUCCGUGCCAAAUAGACAUGCAAGACAUCACUUUGUUGAGAAUGUUAUAUUGCAUCAUAAGAAAUUUUGCAAUGAAUUAAAAAAAAAUUAUUACGGUAUACGUGUGAUAUUUUGCUGUCUCUUUUCAUUUUCGUUUCAGAUUUUCUGUCCAAUGACAAAUUUUUAAACACAAUUUAAAUUAUUUUCAUGUUUGUGAGAACUUGGUUUUGGACAAUCUGUUUUUGCCGCUACAGUGAGGCAUUCUAUGCUUUGUUAGCUGACCUUAUUUGAUUACCUAUUGUCUGGUGUCUGAUUGUCUGUCCAUUAACUUGACACAUUUUUAACUUCUUCUCCAGAACCACAGGGCCAAUUUCAACCAAACUUGCCAUAAAGCUUUAUAAGGAUCGGAUGGAGGGUGGAUAGGAUGGGACCUCAAUAGGGGAUCAAAGUUAGAUGUUGAAAUAUUUGUAAUCUUGUAAAAUUUAAAAAAAAAAAAAAAAAAAAAAAAAAAAUACUGAUUAGUCAUAUUAAUAUACAUGUACUAGCAUUUCAAAAUAGUGCAUUUACAUACUUAACUAGGUUUGAGCAUAAAUUAGGAUUCAGAGUUAAAUAGGAAAUUUGAAGAAAAUUUUUUAGAUUAGGCGGGCCAUACUAAAUUAUCAAAUGAAUAUGCAAACUUUCCUAAGUUGUGUAAAUCAUUUUUUUUUUCAUGAACCUAGGGGGUGGGGGUGGGGGGUCUUCUCCAGAACAGUAAUGCCAUUUUGGUCAUUUUGAUAUUGAGGCAUCUCCACAUUAUGUGGAUUCUAGUUCGGUUAAAUUAUAACUCCAUGGUGCUAGGUUGAGGUCAAAAUCUGUCAUGGGCCUAUCUUCUGAUAAAGAACAGCAGAGUCAAGGUGACUCGGGUGAGCAGUGUCAUUCACGGGCCUCUUUUUUUUUGUUUUGGAGGGUUUCCUUUUAAUUUUUGAAUUGUUGUCCAAUUUUUUUUUAAUGAAAUAUUGAUGUUCCUCUUUGCUCAUCUUGCCUGCUUGUAUAAUUAUGUACAACUUAAAAAACGUCUGUGCAGACCACUCCAUUCCACAAACUUCCUAGCAUUCCUUCAGCGUUUGUGCUCAAAAUAAAAUGUACUUUUGACAUUUCUUGCUGUAUUAUAAAUAAAUGUGGAAUGUUUAUCUCUAAA